GUGGCUUUGGCUGCCGGCUCCGCCCCCCCCAUUUGAUCCCUAUAAAUAUAUUGUUGUACUCCGCAUUUGUUUAUAGCGCUGCUGAAUCUGUUGGCGCUAUACAAAUAACCGUUAAUAAUAAAUAAUAAUAAUAUUUAUCCGUCACCCUUUAUAUAACAAUAAUGUUAUGCUGAUAUUCUCUUAUUUGUUUCUUUGUGUUUUUUCUUUUUACAGACAGUUUACUUAGUGUUGAACCAGUCGGUAAAGUAUCAAGUGGAAUACAACAUGAUCUAGAUAUGGAUUAUGGCAAAGAAUGGCGUAGGGAAAGAUCAGAAAGCAUUCCGGUCAUCCAUCAGCCAUUGACCCAGUAUGGCUAUUUUAAUGAACCCGACAGGAUUCAGCAUUUAAAAAUGGAGUCAAUGACGGACAUUGGUUAUGAUAACAAUGUUCUGGAAUAUCGGCCUCUGCAACUAAACUCAUACAAUGUUACACAACCCAAUAAAUAUUCCAGUAUGAUGUUAAGUUCAUGGAAUCAAGAUACCGAACCACAACGGAAUGUUCAUCUAAUUCCAAACGCAUUAGAGCCGGUGUUUUACUCAUAUCCUGUUACUGGCGAUUACACAGAUUUUGAUAGCUGGAAUGGGAUUCCUGUUGGGCUUCCUCACCCACCCUCUUCUUCUGCUUACACAAAAGAGACUUUCAAGACUGAGUUAAAUGAAUCAGCAAAAUCUAGUGACGAGUUUAUAGAGCUUAAGUCAGCCAUCUCAAGUAUUAUAGAUGUUACUGGGCUCGAUUCAGAUGUUCAGAGCAUUAAUGUGGAUGACAGCGGCAUUUUGUCUUCUCGAGAAGUUUUGGAGAAAACAACCCAGAAUACAACACAAGAUUUGGACUCUUCGAUUAUCCGCCACUCGCAAGAUUGCGACACUAUGUUGUGCACAAGUCGUCAACAGACUGGAGAAAUCAGAGCUUUUCUACAGGAACAUGUAGAUGUCUCUGUUGGCCCAGAAAGUGAUGUUUCACAGCAAAAUAAUACUGGGGAUGUGGAUGAAGUGCAAGAAGUUACUACAUCACCAGCAUUACUUGCUGAAAGCACUGAGGCAGCACGUGAAAGUGACCAAUUUGAAAUUGCAGAAAUUCCAAAUCUUGAAUUCAUCAUUACCGAUGAUGAAAAUGCAGAGAGAUAG